AUGUACUGCCGGUCCUUGCACGUGGCUCUGCAGUUUUUCAUGGUGGCCAACUACAUGUGGAUGUUCUGCGAAGGACUGCACUUGCACAUGGCUCUGGUCGUGGUGUUCGUCAACGACGUGAACGCGAUGCGCUGGUUCUACGCCAUCGGCUGGGGCGUACCUGCCGCCCUCACCGUCCUGUACGUGUCCUGGAGGAGCAAUUCCGAGGACACAGCUCAGUGUUGGAUGCACGAGAGCCACUGCCAGUGGGUGCUUACCGUGCCGGUUUUCGCAUCCAUACUGACCAGCCUGAUGUUCCUGAUGAACGUCAUGCGGGUGCUGCUCACCAAACUGCACCGGAACUCGACAAACCCGGCGCCGAUCGGAGUCCGGAAGGCGGUCAGGGCCGCACUGAUCCUGGUGCCCCUGUUCGGCAUCCACUACAUCCUCAUACCGUACCGGCCCAAGCACAAGACCACCGUGGAAACGGUUUAUCAGAUAUUUUCCGUAGUGCUGGUGUCGACCCAGGGCCUUUGCGUGUCAGUGCUGUUCUGUUUCGCCAACGUGGACGUGCACGGAGCUUUUCACAAGUACAUCCGAAGGAUCAAGAGACGUGGCACCACGCACACCAACGUCACGGGCACUACGCAACCGGUCCAGUCGCAGAUAAGAGACGCAGUCGUCUGA